UGCGCGUGCGCGAGCUGGCGGCCAUAGCUUCACGGGGCCACACUCGCGUCUGGGGUAGUUUUUUGCUCUGGUUCGCCGCGUCCUUCCGGACUCGGUCUGGUCAGCCCCAGGUCCGGCCUCUGGGAAGGGGAGAGGUUGGCACUGGGCGGACGGCCGCUCUGGCCGUGCCCCCUGCCUCAGCCGGAACCCAGCACCGGGGGUCCCCCGCUCUGCCGCGGCUGGUUCCAAACUCACUGAAUCAGGAGCUGUGGGCUGCGUCUAGCAGCGGGGGUGAGUCGGCAGCAGGCUAGCGUUAGCGAACCACCUUCCUCUGUAGUCGGCCUUCCAGAGCAUCCUCUGCUGUCUUUUCGGAAAGUAAAAGCAUCCCUGCCAUUCGGUCACGAGGACGAGCGCCUCCACCUCGUCUGUACGCUGGUCAGUGGAUUUCGGCGUGUUCGCUCUAACCUCUCAGUGCUCUGACUUUCUUCAUGAAGGGAACAUGGAAGAAGAAAAAAGGGCUGCUGAGUUACAGAAAAAUAUGACACAGGACUCGGUGGUCUUUGAGGAUGUGGCUGUGGACUUCACCCAGGAGGAAUGGGCUCUGCUGGAUCUGGCUCAGAGGAGCCUCUACAGAGAUGUGAUGCUGGAAAACUUUCAGAACCUGGCCUCACUAGGGUAUCCACUGCACACACCAUAUCUGAUCUCCCAGUGGAAACAGGAGGAGGACCUGGAGACAGUGGAAGGAGGACCUGUCCAGGGGGAGCACCAGGAAGGUUUUGAGAUUCAGCUUAAAACCAGUGAAUCAGUAGCUCCACAAGAUAUUUAUGGACAGGAAAUAUCCAAUGAACAGAAAAUAGUGAGAUUCAAAAGGAAUGAUUCUCACUCAUCCAUUUUACACAAAAACUGGGAAUACCAGGGUGUUUGUUAUCAGAACAAAAACCAUGAGAGACAUUUGAGAAGUCCAGUUGUGGAGAACAUCUAUGAAUGCAGUGAAGAGAAUCGGUGUGGACAAGCCUUGGGCCAAAUUUCACAUCUGAAUGUACUCAAGAGAACUACUGAAGUAAAGUCCUAUGAAUGCCAUGAGUGUAAAAAGGCCUUCACGGAUCAUUUGUCCCUUAAGAAUCACAUCAGGUCUCACACUGGAAGCAAACCCUAUCAGUGUAAAGAAUGUGGGAAAGCUUUCCAUUUUCUUGCUUGUUUUAAGAAGCAUGUGACAAAUCCCACCGAAGGGAAACCCUAUGAAUGUAAAGACUGUACAAAAGCCUUCAGUUGUUCUUCCUUCUUUAGGGCACAUAUGAAGAUUCACACUGGAAAGAUGAACUUCGAAUGUAAGGAAUGUGGAAAAACCUUUAGCUGUUCUUCAUCCCUGACGGAACACAAAAGGAUUCACAGUGGAGAUAAGCCUUAUGAAUGUAGGGAAUGUGGGAAGGCGUUUAGUUGUUCCUCCUCACUCUCCAAACAUAAAAGAAUUCACAGCGGAGACAAGCCAUAUGAAUGUAAGGACUGUGGGAAAGCCUUUAGUUCUUCCUCUCACCUCAUAAUACAUAUACGAAUUCACACUGGAGAGAAGCCUUACGAGUGUAAAGAGUGUGGGAAGGCCUUCAGCGAAUCCUCCAAACUCACUGUCCAUGUCAGAACACACACAGGCGAGAAACCCUAUAAAUGUAAGGACUGUGGGAAAGCCUACAACUGUCCCUCCUCCUUAAGUAUCCAUAUGAGAAAACACACUGGAGAGAAACCCUAUGAAUGUCUGGAAUGUGGAAAAGCCUUCUAUCUUCCCACUUCCCUUAAUACACACGUGAAAAAUCAAAGUAGGGAGAAACCCUAUGAAUGUAAGGAAUGUGGAAAAGCCUUUAGUUGUCCCUCAUCCUUCAGAGCACAUGUGAGAGAUCACACUGGGAAGAUACAAUAUGAAUGUAAGGAAUGUGGGAAGGCCUUCAGCCGUUCCUCGUCCCUCACCGAACACUUGAGAACUCACACUGGAGAGAAGCCUUACGAGUGUAAAGAAUGUGGGAAAGCCUUUAUUAGUUCUUCCCACCUGACAGUUCAUAUACGAACUCACACUGGAGAGAAACCUUAUGAAUGUAAGAAAUGUGGCAAAGCCUUUAUUUACCCCUCAGCUCUGAGGAUCCACAUGAGAACACAUACUGGGGAGAAACCGUAUGAAUGUAAGGAAUGCGGGAAAGCCUUUCGCCAUUCUUCGUACCUUACUGUCCAUGCAAGGAUGCACACGGGGGAGAAACCCUUCGAAUGUCUGGAAUGUGGGAAGGCCUUCAGUUGUCCCUCAUCCUUUCGAAGACAUGUAAGAAGCCACACUGGAGAGAAACCAUAUGAAUGUAAGGAAUGCGGGAAAGCCUUCGUGUGUCCUGCCUACUUUCGAAGACAUGUGAAAACUCACACUAGGGAAAAUGUGUAAAUGGUAAGAAAUGUGGGAAUGUCUGCAAGGCGUUUUCACCUCGCAGCAUAGCUGGAACGUUGUGGAGAUGCACCGUGAAUAUAAGAAAGCAAAAAAGUGUUGCUUCUCUGUUUGACGACUUGAGAACUCAGAGCUGAGAGAAACCCGCGUCCGUACGCCCUGUGGGAAUGCCUUUGUGAAUGUCACUUCCGGUGUAUAAGAAAAUUCACAAGAGCAGCACAGAUCAGGACCUCACUUGUAAAGUGGACUGCUGGCUCAUUGAUAGUUAGUUUCUGUUUUCUGAUAUGAAUUAUUUCAGAUGAUAAAUUUUCCUCUAAUACCUUUUUAGUUCUAACCACAUUUUAUUACAGGUACCUUUAUUUCAGCCGAGAUGUAAAUGUUCUUUAUGUUACAGAAUCUUUUGGACCCAUAGGGGGUUUAAGGUGUUUUUCAUCAGGCAGGGGUGUUUUUUUAAAAAAAAUUAAUAUCUAAUUAAUGCUCAUUGUUUGCCGGGUGUGCAGUCAUAAUGGUAUCAACACUUUGGUAUUUGUAAUUUCUUUUGUGAUUUUUUUUUCUUGUAAUUGGUAAUUUCAUUUUGAUCUAGUAUGGGAGAUUACUGGAAAUUGCCUACCCAAUAUAUUUUCUCUCUCUCUCUCUUUUUUUUUUUAAGUAGAAGAACCUAAAGUUUUUGAGAUUAUCAGUUUUUACUAUUAAAACCUUUUUCUGUCUAAUAAGUUAUUUCAACAGAAAUUAAUAAGUGCAAAGAUCUCAACAGAGAGUUGUAUCUAAUACGUUGUUUUUGUAUUUUGUUCUUUGUCCUCAUUAGUGGCUGGGAAUUGGACCCAAUAUUUUGAGUUUAAAAACGGACCUUGUGACAAGAAAGCUAGAAGUAAAGUUGAUUGAGCUGGCUUGUGUAUGUUAGUUUGGACCUGGUUAGGACUCCAUUUCUCAGAAUCGUUUCCUAUCCAGUCCCGGGUUAGGGCUGUCUGAAACAGAGAGUUUGCAUGAGAAUUGGAAGGCAGUGGGAAGAAGCUAUUAUCCUUCAUUUAGUGGGGCCACAAGAUGGAGACACACAUAGGGGCCUGGUGGGCUUCUACAUCCAGCUCAUUUUCACCAGUCAAUACUGGCUUGAAACAGAACAUUAAAUGCUUUAACCUCAGUAACGUCAGAGGCAGCAGCUCCGUAGACCUCUCUGUAAGUUCCCCUGUCACGGUCAUACACAGCUUCUUAGGUUCUCUGGCAAGUUCCAGCAUUGUCAUUUUGCUGAUAGGACAGCCCCUCUGGCAUGUCAGCUGGCUCUAUAGAGGGGCCCGAAUUCAGAGCAGGAUUGCUAAUCUGUGUCUUGCAAGCCCAUCACGUCAUUUUGCUGCAGGGCACAGACAUCUCUGCAACUCCUCUGGCAUCUCAGGCAAGAAGGGCUGUGGACAGUAAGGAAAAUUAGGUACCAGGGCAUCAUCCUGUUUUAGUGGAGGAAGAUUUACAUUUGACAUCUUCCAACAGAUUUUUCUGCUCUUUUAUUUGAGAAAGAUGAGAGCUGAUUGGUUUGUGUUUCUUCAGUACAUCUAGCUGCACUUUCCCCUUCCCAUCAUAUUUCCCCUUUAUCCCUUAUCAUUUUCUGCUGUUUCAGUAAAGCAAAAAUACACUAAUAUGCGCGACAUGUGCUAAUCUUCAGUGUAUAGCUUGAUGGAAUUUCACUUACGUACAUACCGUGAUAAACAGAGGUUCCCAGGAUUCAAGAAAGCUUAUUUAUCUGACUUCUCAAUAAUUGUCCCACAGAGGAACCACAGUUUGACUUUUAUUCAGUUUAUUAGGUUUGUUUCUUUUUGAUCCUCUUGGUCUUUAUCUGAGUGCUUAAACACAAUGCGUACAAUUAUGUGUUUGGCUUCUUUUCUCAGCAUGAUGUCUGGUUAGCCUUUUAAUUGCUCUUUUUUUUAAUACUUAAAUUUUAAAAUUUUUUAAAAUAAACAUAUAAUGUAUUAUUAGCCCCAGGGGUACCGGUCUGUGAAUCAACCAGGUUUACACACUUCACAGCACUCACCAUAGCCCAUACCCUCCCCAAUGUCCAUAAUCCCACCUCCCUCUUUCUACCCCCCUCACCCUGGCAACCCUCAGUUUGCCCUGUGAGAUUGAGUCUCUUAUGGUUUGUCUCCCUUCCUUCCUACCCCCAAACCCCGUCACGUUGCAUCUCCACUUCCUCAUAUCAGGGAGACAUGUGAUAGUUGUCUUUCUCCUUAAUUGCUCUUUUUACUGGUUUACACUUACUUCUCUUCAUGUAUGUUUUGUUUGUAGGAAUGAGAUCCCUGGCUCAUAGGGUUGGCUGUAGCAUUAGUUUCAAUAGGUAUUCCCGUUUUUUGAAAAGGUGGCUUCCAUCUAUUCUCCUAAAAGCAAUGCAUGCAAAUUCCAGUCAUUCCACCUAGUUGGACAGCCCUUUCUAAUCUUAGGCAUCCAGCAGAGGACAAGGUAAUAUCCUGCUUUGGUUUUAGUUUGCAGUUACCUGACAUGUAGUGAUGGUAAAUACUUUGUAUGUGCUUAUUGGCUAUUUGGAUAUCUUUUUUUUUUUUUUUAAAGAUUUUAUUUAUUUAUUUAUUUGAGAGAGAGACAGGGAGAGAGAGCAUGAGUGAGGAGAAGGGCAGAGAGAGAAGCAGACUCCCCAUGGAGCUGGGAGCCCGAUGCGGGACUCGAUCCCGGGACUCUGAGAUCAUGACCUGAGCCAAAGGCAGUUGUCCAACCAACUGAGCCACCCAGGCGUCCCGGCUAUUUGGAUAUCUUUAAAAAUUUUUUUUUUUUUUAAGAUUUUAUUUAUUCAAUUGAGAGAAAGCAAGCACAGGCAGGCGGGAGGAGCAGAGGGAGAAGGAGUAGCAGGCUCCCCCCUGAGGGGGGAUUUCCCCAGGUGGGGCUCCAUCCCAGGACUCUGAGGUUGUGACCUGAGCCAAAGGCAGUGGCUUAACUGACUGAGCCACCCAGGUGCCCCUGUUUGGUAUCUUUUAUGAGGGCACCCUGUUGAAGCAUUUCACUCAUUUUUGGUUUUUAUUUUAUGUGAAGGAUUUCCUUCUACUUACUUGUCCUUUAUUGUAUGUAUGUAUAUUUCUGUGUCUAGUUACAUACACAUACAUUUAUAAAAUCAUGUGUUAUAUAUCAUAUAUAUUCAUAACUUACGUGUAUUAUACAUACAUACAUUGCAGAUUACUUUUCCCUGGCUCUGGCUUGUCUUUUCACUCUUCUCUUUGGUGUGAAUUAUAAAGGGAAUUUAUUGGUUUGAUUUUUGAUAAGUCCUUGGGUACAACUAGUUUCAGGGAUGCCUGGGCUCCUGGGGCUAAAAAGCUCUUACCUGGAGGAGUUCUGUGUCCGUGUCUUGGCUGUGCAUCUUCUUGCAUUUAGCUGUUCUUCGUGGCAGGCUGUUUCUGUUGUGGGUCCCAGAAGAUCCAGGCUGCUUUUUCUCUAGGUUGAAGUCUCAGGGAGAAAAGAGCAACUCCAAUGUGAUCAUUAUAAUAGAAUCUCAUUGGCUCACUUGUUAUCGAAUCACUGUGGCCAGAGGAAUGUAAUACUCUGAUUUGUUCAGGACUGGCUGGAGUGCUCAUCCCCAAACCAGAGUAGAGUUUGCACCAACCCAAUCAGAGUCCUGACCAUUGUGAUAUAUGGCGAGGGGAGGAGGCCCCAGUGGGCAAGUGGGGUAAUACUGUGAGCUAGCUUGUUGUGCUUUACUGGGGUCUUAGCAACAGGAGGGAACUGAAGUCUGGUAACUCAGCAGGCCCUGAGACAGGUCAGAUGCCAUCUGUUAAUGUAUUUUUAGAAUGCUAAAGAUGGCUUCUCAACCCUUAUGUUGCUUUGCGGUACAUUUAGAAAUCUGGUUGUGAGAGACUUAACAGCACUUAAGAAAAAUUAUUUAUUUAUUUGACAGAUAGAGAUCACAAGUAGGCAGAGAGGCAGGCAGAGAGAGAGGAAGGGAAGCAGGCUCCCUGCCGAGCAGAGAGCCCAAUGCAGGUCUUGAUCCCAGGACCCUGGGAUCAUGACCUGAGCUGAAGGCAGAGCCUUAACCCACUGAGCCACCCGGGCGCCCCUAGUAUUUUUAUUCUUUAAGAUUGUCUUGCCUUCUCUAUUCCUCAUUUGUUUCUAUAUUAUUUUUAGAAUUUCCUUAUCAGUUUUCAUAGGUAAGCUGAGAGUAUGCUGGGAAUUGCAUUGACUUGAUGCCAUAACCUGAAUGAAAUUGACAUCUUUACAAUAUUGAGUCUUCCAAUUAAAUGUAAUGUAAUCAUCCUUUUACCUGGGUUGUCUUUAAUUUGUCUUAACAGUGUUUUUUAGCUUAAUUAUAGAGGUCUUGAAUCUCUUUAAUUUAUUUCUAGGUAUGUGGUAUGUUUUGCUCUGUAAAUAUUUUUAUUUAUUUCCUUUUUGAUUUUUCAGCUAGCAUGAAUUACAAUGUCUUUUUGUACAUUGAUCUUUUUACCCAGUGACGUUUAUAAAUUAAAUUAUUAUACUUGAAUUAUAUUCAAAUAGUUCGUGGAUUAUUUUGGAUUUUCUGUGUACAAUUCUGUUGAUAACAAAAAAGAAAGUCUUACUUGAUUUCUAAAUUUUGUCUUUUACUUUUUUUGCCUCACUCGUUUACAGUGAUGAAUAAAAAUGACGAAUAUGAACAUCUUUGCCCUGUUCCUGGUCUUAGGGGAAAAUGUUCCAUAUUUCAUAAAUAUAAUAAUAGCUGCAAGUUUUUCAUAGAUUACUUUUAAUAAUGAAAAGAAUUGUUUUAUUCUCAAUUUGCCAAGGUUUUUUUUUUUUAUUGUGAGUGAAUAUUUUAUCCAGUGCCUUCUCUGUGUGUGUCAUUGUCUUAAAAAAUCCUUCAGUUUGUUAACGUGAAUAACUACAUUCCUUGAUUUUUAGAUGGUAAACCUCGUCUUCCUGGAAUAAACUACACUUGGACAUGGUA